AUGAGCUCAACUCUGCCACUGCAUAUGUACAUACGUCCGUUGACGAUUGAAGACACUCAUGAAGUUCGUGCUUUAGAAAAUAAGGGUUUUCCACCUGAGGAAAGAGCCUCUCUCGAGAACACCGAGUUCCGCCUCACAGUGUGUCCAGAAUUGUGUUCUGGGUUGUUCAUCAGAGACGUGGAAGGAAUUGAAGUGAAAGGAGAAAAACUGAUUGGCCACAUUAUGGGAACCAAAGUUCCCGCAGCUGCUGGCAACGCUCAAGGUCCUCCCAUGAUCUCCUUGGAAAGUAUGGGUAAGGUGCACGAUGAGGCGUCUGGCACUGUGGGAAUCCACUCGGUGGUGAUCGCCCUGGAACACCAGAAAAAGAACUUGGCCACCCUGUUGUUGACCGACUACAUCCAGAAACUCAGCAACCAGGAAGUGGGGCAAAGAAUCGUGAUUAUAGCGCACGAACCACUGGUUCCAUUUUACGAACGUAUCGGUUUCCAAUUGCACGGCGAAAACCGGGAUGUCAAGAGCGACCCAGCUUUCAGCAAGUCCAAAUGGUGCGACAUGGUGCGCGAACUGGUGAAGGAGGAGUACGAGAACUAG